AUGGCCACAAAUCCGAUCACUUUGAUUUCCUAUAUUGGAAUGGCUCAAGCCAACUGUACAACGACAAUUCUAGCCGGUGGUGUUCCUGGGAAAACUCUCAAUCAGGCCUUUAUCUUAGAUGCAAUUGGAAAAGAUGAUCGUUUUAUGGAUAGUAUUAUUCGUUCGUCAGUAUUUACCGUCUAUGUGCCAGCUGGUUGUCGAGCUGAUAUCAAAUUCGGGGAUCGAGAUCAAGCUUACACAACAUUUGACGGUUUACGAGAUCAAGGCCGAGCGAUAAUCUCGAGUUUCGAGUAUCCAUGGGAAUUCGAUGAUACGACAAAAUACGAAGCUGAAGUGAUCGGGGAGUAUCGAAUGGAUAAUAACGCCACGAUGCUAAAUAUUACAUUUCACAUUUCGGAGAUUGUGGGUGGACUGUUGAGCAUCUACGUGCCAAAUUUUGAUCCGAAUGGGCGACUUGUUUCGAGUUCAAACAUGACG